AUGGCAGAAAUCGACCCCAUGAUCCCCUCGCAAUUCGCGUCCGAAGAACCAGAACCAGAAGCUGGACGCUCAGAGCAUCCCACCGAAGAACAAGGCCAAAAGCAGCAGAAGCAACAGCCAGCUAAGGACGCCACAAUCUUGCACCACAACGCCCUCCUCGAACAGCAACAGCUCAUCAUGAAUUCUCUCGAGGACAAUAGUAUUGACUGCCAUAAGCGUCAGCGUCACCAUGACAAUCACAUUGCCUGCCACAAGCAUCACUAUCUGUUUACCUCUGACACCACCGAUGACACCACCGACGACACCAAGAACAUCACUACAGCUACUCCUACUGCUACUCCCACUCCUACAGAUGCUACCCAAGCAAAAGCACCCCUCUCCCGCCUCACACACCUCAUCCUCGCCCACCCGGUGCUCGCCAGCUUCCUGGCCGCGCAGGUGCUCUGCUCCGGCAUCCCCGUGUGCCUGUUCCUGGGCGGCGUGCUGGUGGCGGCCUUCAUUGCGGGGGCGGUGUUCGCGGGUUUUGCAAUGCUGGUGAUGGGGCCUGUGUUGUUGGGGACGGGGUGUUUGGGGGUGGGCGUUUGGGGGUUUGGGUGGGCGGUGGUUGUGCUGGGGAGGGUCGUGGGAAGGGUUUUGAGGGGGGAGUCUGUAGAAGUGUUUGGCUUGGGGGUUUGGAGCGGUGCGGAGGGGGAUCAGGGGGAGGGGAAACAGGGGGGAGGGGGACGGGAGGGUUAA